AUGGAUAAUGUUCUUAGACGACUGUGUUUCCAAACGGUUCUAUAUGCAGUUUGGAAGGAGAUAAAUUUAAGACGCCAUGGUAGAGUUAGGACCUCGAUAGAAGCUAUCACGAGGAACAUUGACAAGCUGGUGCGUAAUAGAAUCUCAUCGCUUCGAUAUGCAGCAGGGCACCCACUGGAAGGACUUCGUCAGAGGUGGUUUGAGCUCAGCUCAGCCUAA